AUGGCUCGCACGCAGGGCAGAGUGAAAAGUUUCAACGGGGCAAAGGGCUUCGGUUUCAUCGACAUCGGUUCGGGCACCGAUGUCUUCGUCCACAUCAAAGACUGUAUAGACGACAAGCAGCCAGUCCCUGGGGAUGUCCUGACCUUCUCGAUGGAGCCGAGCCAAUCCAAGCCAGGGCAGAUGGUUGCCAAAAAUGUAGAGGGCAGCACCGGCGUCAAGGAGUUGCCAGCGUUCUCUGCAGAGCCCGCGCCGGAUAUCCCUGGUUCUGGUGCGCACGUGGGCAAAGUGCGAACCUGGAACGACACCAAGGGCUACGGCUUCAUUGAUUUGCCUGGACAGCCGAAUGUCUGGCUGCACGUCAAGGAGUGCGUCAACACGCAGCCGCAGCAAGGUGAUUGGGUCCGCUUCGACGUGCAGCCGAGCGAGACCAAGCCGGGACAGAUGGUCGCCAAGAACGUGACCGGAGGUAGCCAGCCCCUGGGCCAGCGCGGAUACGGCCCGGCACCAAGCGGAGGAGCUUCCACAGCGGGGUACAGUCCCUACGGCGUAUCCGGCUUGACAGCAGGUGCCCUGCAAGGCGUGGCAGGCUAUGCUGUCCAGGUGCAGCAACCUACGCUCGCUGCGUUGCCUGGUGGUGGGUACGUCUUGCAGCAAUCUGUUCCGUUUCAGCAAGCCGUGCCCCAACAGGGAGUCUAUGGCGUACAGCAGUAUGCCGUCCAGCAACCUGGCGUGCAGCAGUUGCAGCAAUUCGCCGUUGGACAACCUGGACUGCAGCAGUUCGCGGUGCAACCUGGCAUGCAGCAGUUUGCCGUGCAGCAGCCUGGCGUCCAGCAGCUUAGUGUGCCUGGCGGCAUGCAGCUGCAAGCAGGGCUGCAGCAGCAGUAUUUGCAACCGGCAGUGAUGCAGCAGUCUCUGGCCAUGCAGCAGCCAUUGAUGCAACAACAAGCAUUUCUACAGCAGCCUAUGGGCGUGCAGGAAGGGGCCGCUGUUGGCAUGACGGUGAUGGCCGACCCAAGUGCGCAAGCUGCAGCCUUCCAGAUGACAGCACCGGCUGCCAUGCCAGGAGCUUUUGCUCCCGACAUGCAGGGCAUGCCUCCCGCUGAGGGAAUGCCUGAGCCGAUCAAUCCCGCCCUGGACGGGGCCAUGCCAGCCAUGCCAGCCAUGCCAGCCAUGCCAGCCAUGCCAGCCAUGGAUGUGGGUGCGGGGUCUGCGCUGCCACAACCGGCGGUGCAGCUGCCUCCAGCAGGCGAGCCAGCAGGCGAGCCAGCAGGCGAGCCAGCAGGCGAGCCAGCAGGCGAGCCAGCAGGCGAGCCAGCAGUGCCUCCACCAGUCACCAUGCCACAAGUUCCCCAGAUGCCUGAAGCGGCAGCUGCAGCCCAGCCGGCUGCAGACGCCAGCGUUGCAGCGCAAUUAGCAGCUAUGGUGGGCUCGCCGCCUCCACCCGCCGAUGCUGCAACACCGCAAUAG